AUGGAGGAGCAACCUCUGGCUCUAACUGCCUCUCUGCCUCCAAGGCCCGGCAGAGGGAACCUCCCAGGCCAGGAAGAGGGAGCCUCCCAGGCCAGGAAGAGGGAGCCUCCCAGGCCAGGAAGAGGGAGCCUCCCAGGCCAGGAAGAGGGAGUCUCCCAGGCCAGGAAGAGGGAGCCUCCCAGGCCAGGCAGAGGGAGCCUCCCAGGCCAGACAGAGGGAGCCUCCCAGGCAGGCAGAGGGAGCCUCCCAGGCCAGACAGAGGGACCCUCCCAGGCCAGGAAGAGGGAGCCUCCCAGGCAGGCAGAGGGAACCUCCCAGGCCAGGAAGAGGGAGCCUCCCAGGCAGGCAGAGGGAACCUCCCAGGCCAGGAAGAGGGAGCCUCCCAGGCAGGCAGAGGGAACCUCCCAGGCAGGCAGAGGGAACCUCCCAGGCCAGGCAGAGGGAACCUCCCAGGCCAGGAAGAGGGAGCCUCCCAGGCAGGCAGAGGGAACCUCCCAGGCCAGGAAGAGGGAACCUCCCAGGCAGGCAGAGGGAGCCUCCCAGGCAGGCAGAGGGAACCUCCCAGGCCAGACAGAGGGAACCUCCCAGGCCAGACAGAGGGAACCUCCCAGGCCAGACAAAGGGAACCUCCCAGGCCAGACAAAGGGAACCUCCCAGGCCAGACAGAGGGACCCUCCCAGGCCAGACAGAGGGACCCUCCCAGGCCAGGCAGAGGGAACCUCCCAGGCCAGGCAGAGGGACCCUCCCAGGCCAGACAGAGGGACCCUCCCAGGCCAGACAGAGGGAACCUCCCAGGCCAGACAGAGGGAACCUCCCAGGCCAGACAGAGGGACCCUCCCAGGCCAGGCAGAGGGAACCUCCCAGGCCAGACAGAGGGAACCUCCCAGGCCAGACAGAGGGACCCUCCCAGGCCAGGCAGAGGGAACCUCCCAGGCCAGACAGAGGGAACCUCCCAGGCCAGACAGAGGGAACAUCCCAGGCCAGGAAGAGGGAACCUCCCAGGCAGGCAGAGGGAACCUCCCAGGCAGGCCAGACAAAGGGAACCUCCCAGGCCAGACAGAGGGACCCUCCCAGGCCAGACAGAGGGACCCUCCCAGGCCAGGCAGAGGGAACCUCCCAGGCCAGGCAGAGGGACCCUCCCAGGCCAGACAGAGGGACCCUCCCAGGCCAGACAGAGGGAACCUCCCAGGCCAGACAGAGGGAACCUCCCAGGCCAGACAGAGGGACCCUCCCAGGCCAGGCAGAGGGAACCUCCCAGGCCAGACAGAGGGAACCUCCCAGGCCAGACAGAGGGACCCUCCCAGGCCAGGCAGAGGGAACCUCCCAGGCCAGACAGAGGGAACCUCCCAGGCCAGACAGAGGGAACCUCCCAGGCCAGGAAGAGGGAACCUCCCAGGCAGGCAGAGGGAACCUCCCAGGCAGGUAGAGGGAACCUCCCAGGCAGGCAGAGGGAACCUCCCAGGCCAGACAGAGGGAACCUCCCAGGCAGGCAGAGGGAACCUCCCAGGCCAGACAGAGGGACCCUCCCAGGCAGGCAGAGGGAACCUCCCAGGCCAGGAAGAGGGAACCUCCCAGGCAGGCAGAGGGAACCUCCCAGGCCAGGCAGAGGGAACCUCCCAGGCCAGGAAGAGGGAAUCUCCCAGGCAGGCAGAGGGAACCUCCCAGGCCAGGAAGAGGGAACCUCCCAGGCAGGCAAAGGGAACCUCCCAGGCCAGACAGAGGGAAUCUCCCAGGCCAGACAGAGGGAGCCUCCCAGGCCAGACAGAGGGAGCCUCCCAGGCCAGGAAGAGGGAGCCUCCCAGGCCAGACAGAGGGAACCUCCCAGGCAGGCAGAGGGAGCCUCCCAGGCCAGACAGAGGGAACCUCCCAGGCCAGACAGAGGGACCCUCCCAGGCAGGCAGAGGGAACCUCCCAGGCCAGGCAGAGGGAACCUCCCAGGCCAGGAAGAGGGAAUCUCCCAGGCAGGCAGAGGGAACCUCCCAGGCCAGGAAGAGGGAACCUCCCAGGCAGGCAAAGGGAACCUCCCAGGCCAGACAGAGGGAACCUCCCAGGCCAGACAGAGGGAAUCUCCCAGGCCAGGUAGAGGGAACCUCCCAGGUCAGGAAGAGGGAACCUCUCAGGCCAGACAGAGGGACCCUCCCAGGUCAGGAAGAGGGAACCUCCCAGGCCAGACAGAGGGAACCUCCCAGGCCAGACAGAGGGAAUCUCCCAGGCCAGGUAGAGGGAACCUCCCAUGUCAGGAAGAGGGAACCUCCCAGGCCAGGAAGAGGGAACCUCCCAGGCCAGGAAGAGGGAACCUCCCAGGCCAGACAGAGGGAAUCUCCCAGGCCAGACAGAGGGAACCUCCCAGGCCAGACAGAGGGAAUCUCCCAGGCCAGACAGAGGGAACCUCCCAGGCCAGACAGAGGGAACCUCCCAGGCAGGCAGAGGUAA